AUGGAGGAUAUUGGUAACAUGUAUUUUGAUAUCUUGUUGGCAAAUUCCUUAUUUCAAGCUGAGAAAAAGGAUGAUUUUGAUAAUAUUAUCAGUUGUAAGAUGCAUGAUUUGGUACAUGAUCUUGCACUCUCAAUUUCAAAAUCUGAGACCUUAUUUUUGAAUAAAGAUUUGGAGGGUGACAUCAGUCACAUACGAUAUUUAUUCAUCGAAUUUGAUGGUAAAAUUGUACCAAGAAUUCCAUCUUCAAAAGAUGAUGUUAGGAGAUUGCGCACAUUUGUUUCUAAAAAUGUUGUGCUUGGCAACACAUUAUUAAAUUUUAAUUGCUUACGUGUUCUAAAAUUAAAUGGAGACUCUAUAAAAGAAUUGCCAAGUUCAGUUGGCCUUUUAAUACAUUUGAGGCUUCUCAACGUCGCAAGUUUAUCCAUCAAAGCAUUACCAAAGUCCAUCACCAAACUCUACAAUUUGCAAACUUUAAGAAUCGAAGGUUGCCCAUAUGUCAGAGAGCCUCUUGAAGAUCUAAAACAAUUGAUAAACUUAAGGCAUAUUUAUAUCCCUUCUGGCUUUAAUGAAAAACUUAAGGAUAUAGGGCAAUUGACGUGUCUACAAACAUUGCGAUGUUUUAUUGUGGGUCAAGAUGCAGGUCAUCGGAUUGAGGAAUUGGGAUGCUUAAAUCAACUUAGAGGAAAAUUAAACCUCUGGAAUCUAGAGCAUGUGAGAGAUAAAGAAGAAGCCCGAAGAGCAAAUUUAGGGGAAAAGGCCAACAUAUGCAUGUUGCGAUUUCACUGGGCCAUAUGGAAAAGAGAAGGCAACUACGAGAAUGAUGAAGAGGUGUUGGAAGGUCUCGAGCCUCAUCGAUGUUUGAAGAGCUUAACAAUUGAUGGCUUUGGAGGAAAGAAAUUCCCAUCAUGGAUGUUGACAAGCCUUGAUGCUUGGGAUGGAAUUUUGCAAUUUGGCAAUUUAAUUGAGAUCCAAUUUAGGAAUUGCAAAAAAUGUGAGGUUCUUCCCACUCUUGGGCUUCUACCCCAUCUUAGGGUUCUUACAAUAGAAGGUAUGGAUGGUGUAAGACAUAUUGGAACUGAGUUUUACAGUAACAAUAAGAAUGGAAGUGAUGGCACUACGUUUUUCCCAGCUUUGAGAAAACUUAAUUUGAGCGAAAUACCCAAUCUAGUGGAAUGGACGGAUGUGAUGGAGCCAGCAACAACAACAGGCCUAAUGGUGUUUCCUUGCCUUGAGGAGUUGACCAUUGAAGGUUGUAGCCAACUGACAAGUGCUCCAUGUCAUUUUUCGAGUCUUAAGAAAUUAGACAUUAGUGACAUGCUUAGCACGACAUUUGAAAACAUUAUUAGCAAGCUUACCACACUCACGUCCCUAGAGGUUUGUAAUAUUUCAGAACUUGCUUGUCUGCCAGAGAAGUUAUUGCAAAACAAUGCGAGUCUCAUGUCUCUGAUGAUAUCGGGAUGGGCCGAUUUGGAGUCCAUCGUGUCACAUGAGGAUGUAUGGGCCUUCUGCACCUCUCUUCGAUCGCUUAAAAUGGAACGAUGUUGGAAAUUACAAAUACAAGGUGUCCCAUCCCAUCUUCAACGCUUGGAGAUAUCUGGGUGUGUUAUUCUACCUACUGGGCUACAAUCAUGCACGUCUCUUACCCUACUAACGAUUCAGUUUUGUGAUAAAUUGAAAUCAACUCCAAAUCUAGGACUGUUGCAUUCUCUUACCCAAUUAAAAAUUAGGUAUUGUGAUAAUCUGAUAUCAAUACCUGGUUUAAGAGGAUUGCAUUCUCUUAUCGAAUUACAAAUUUGGUAUUGUCCUAAAUUGACGAGUCUCCCAGAGGGGUUAGAAUCUCUCACCCGCUUGAAGACUUUGGUGAUUGGCGAGUUUUGUAAGGAGCUAGAUGAUUUCCCGAGUCUCAUUUCUAUUGAACACUUGCACGCAUCCCUGCAACAUUUAGACUUGAAAGGGUGGCCUAAACUUAAGUCUAUACCGGACAAUAUUCAAGCCUUGACUGCCCUUAAAAGUCUCUACAUAUCUGACUUUGAUGGCAUGGAAACUUUGCCUGAGUGGUUGACCAAGCUUUCUUCUCUUCAAACUCUGCGCAUCUUCAGUUGCUCCAAGUUAAAGGAGAGUUGUGCAAUUGGUGGAAAAGAGCGGUACAAAAUUGCCCAUAUUCCAAAUAUCAUGAUCUGGAUAUAA